GAGGUUUUGAAGAGAAAAGAAGCUAACAAAAUAGAAAAUCAACAACAACAAUUAUCUUCCGACGCGGCUACAUCGCAGACUACAUCAAUGUCAAACGGUACAACAGCUAAUCAACCGUCAAAGUCGACUACAUCCAACACGCCAACAACUACAUCUCCUAGACCAGAAUCACCUCUGACAAAAACGGAUCAUUCAAGACAAAGUCCAGUAAAUAACGUUGAUCAGUUAACAUUAAUGCAAACAGCCAGUCCAACACCAAUGCCUUUGAUGUCGACAGAAAUUAAUCAAAACGGUCCGUCUAACCUUGUACAUCUCAGAGCGGCAGACAAUGAUACGAGACGUCAUAGUUCUGCAUCUGAUCAACAACAGCAACAACAAACAUUAAAUAAUAAUUUUUCACAUCGUGGUGAGAAUCGUCAUGGACGCCCGCAUAAUAAUAAAAUCCCUAAUUAUGAACAAAUGAAUAUGAACAAUUCUCGUAAUAAUCGUUCAAUGAGAAGUCGUGAGAACCGAGUGAUGUUUCGAGGUGUAAGAGGUGCACGUGGCAGCGGUGGUUAUAGAGGACGUUCACAUGAUUUUCAAAAUCAACGUCCUAAUACUAAUGAACAUCAUUUACGUCGUGAUGGUGGUUUUAACGGUGUAUCGACCCUCGACUCAUCACAACAGUUUAAUGAAUGA